UCCUCUCCUUCUCCAUCGUCUGCAAGCAGGGCUCGACCUGUCUGUCGUUCUUUUCUUCGGGAACGCCAUCGGUAUCACAGAUGCCACAAAUAGCUUGUACCAGCAUGCGCCGUACACAAAUGGUCGUGUGCGCGAGGUAAGGACGGGUCCGGUGCCCCGAGAGGGGACGUACAGUACACGUAGACAUCUCAGCCACUCCGUCCGUAUUUUGUGCGCCGUGCUCUACAUUUCGCCCUCAUCUGAAACCCGGCACACGCUCAGCAAACGCCCUUCGCCCCCAAAUUCUUCACGCUGGCCAAGCACAGCGAUCUUCCCCGCAAACCCCUCCGGCAGUGGCACGUCUCGUGUAUCUGGUCCCGCCCGUCCUAUCUGUUCCUUGUCCUGCCGAGCGGCAUGCCACUGUCGAGGCAAUGCCCGCUGCUGUGAAGAGACUUCGCAGAACCACCACAACCACACAAACGAGCGCUAUCUCGCUCAGGCCGGAGCCUAAUAAGCGCCGGCUAAGCACCAGGGACAACGCGGCAACGGAUAACAACAAAGAGGCCAUGGAAAAGGGAGAGGGGGCAAAGUGGAAGGGCUCGCCGGAAAGCUGGCCACCGUGCCGGCGAAGCACUGACCACAUAGAAACUUUGGCCCAGAUCCAGCGUUAGCCCUUUGGUCGGGCGGGCUCUACAUAGUAACCCUGUCCCCUCUUUUUCGCCCUUUGCGACAUAUGGUGUCCAGAGAGGUCAAGUGUGUGCACUAGUACACACAGCUCCCUUCUCCCCUGCAUAGACACAGUGAAAGCUAUUUCGUCGGAUGAGUUUUAGGCUUGGUUCUGAUUGCUUGUCGGAUCAAAAGCCGACUGAAGGGGGGGGGAGCUCUUGAAAGGGGUGAGCCCUGGACAGGUGUCACGGCCUCCGAGGCUUGUUUCGUUUCGUUGAGGCGGACGACACAAAGCGGACCAAGUGACAGUUUGGUCUUGCUUCUGCCGCUGCUGGUCUGCUGCUGCUGCUGCUGCUGCUGCUGCUUCUGCUACCGCCGCCCGCCGCAAAGAAACUUGCCGGACUAUCCAAGAGCGUGUGUUUAUAAAUGGGACCUUCUCCAGCACCGGCGCCUGGGCGGUCGUGGCGUUGAGGAGGGGGAGCCGUGGUAUAAGUUUCUUGCCGUCCUUCAUUCCAGGCGUCCAAAGCGACUUGGCAUUCUUUGACAACCCGCGAACAUCAAAAACACCUCUUGCCCUGCAACUCCCCAUCGUCACCCCCGGCUGGUCCAUCCCUCACAAGCCUCAAAACCGACUCGUCUGCUUGCCAACGUUCACCAUCUUGACGUUCUCCUACCAUCUCACUUCGUCUGAUUUCUUGACCAACAACCAUCACAAUGGGUUACUACUGCUCAAACUACUACGGCUCUAUCCACUGCCACAACACCGUGUCCCGUUUCGGCGACAGAUGCCAUCUCUGCGCAGCAUCAAAAAGAGGCGCCUCCAUCAAGGAGGGUCUCCUCUCCGAAGCCGAGCGAUGGGGUUCAUCGACGCCCCGGCCCACACUCGGCGAUCGCCGGGCCGAACGGAACAGCCGGCCGAUCCGGGAUUCAAGAGUGAAGAACUGAGAACACGAAUGAAACGACGCCUAAGAUUACGAAGACAACAUCAAGACAGAGAACAUUUAGAGUGACCGAACGAGACAAGCGAGCAAUUCGGUACAGACUGGGUCACGAGGGCAUGUCCA